GGUCAAACGUACGCUUACCCUUGGUCUCAAAUUGUACCCUAAUUGAGGUAGUUGCAAUGGGACUUUUAUAUAUUCAUAUUCUAACUUCUUUGAUUCACAAGUGCUCCUCUUUUGUACCUGGAUCAGAUAUCAGUCUUACUAGUGAAAUGGCAGAUUAUGUUUCAUGCAUUAACCAAGAAAGAGUGCUUUGAAACCUUGCAGCUGUGAAUAUCACAGUCUAUUGCAGUUGAGGUAUUUGCUCCAGCUGAUUUUGCACACCUGUAACAAUGUUUACAGCAAUACAAGACCUGUCUGAACUCCUGAUCUGGCAGAUCUGAUUGUGGAAGUUAGUAGAUUUCUGUUCAUCAAUCUGCGAUGCUGUAUUAAGGAGGUUUAUGAUCUUGGUACUGGAUUGUCAGACCAAUAUGUGCCAAAUGAGGAACUUCUGGAACGUAGUGCAAUUACAUGACCAUCGUCGUUUCUCUUACUCUACUUUGGUAUGGAUUACUAAUGGAUGAUCACUCUUGCAGGGUUUUUGAGGUGUGGUGCCUUCACAUUCCUGUGAAAGAUCGAACACCAUUUGAAGAGAUGGUAAUCUUUGUUGAGGAAACUGUGAGGAAUCAACAUGCUUCAUCUCCAAAUAAGCCAAUAUAUCUUGUGGGAGAUUCAUUUGGAGGAUGCUUGGCACUUGCAGUUGCUGCACGUAAUCCAGCUAUUGAUCUCGUUUUAGUAUUAGCCAAUCCAGCAACGUCAUUUAACGGGUCACAGCUGCAAUCUUUGCUGCCUUUCUUGGAGGCUAUACCUAAUGAACUUCAUUGUACAGUCCCUUACCUUUUAAUCUUUGUCCUAGGUGAACCAGCGAAGAUGGCAAUGGUCACUGUUGAUGCUACACUUCUUCCUCGAAUAGGUCUUGAACGGUUGUCUGGCAAUCUUACAGCUUUGUUACAACGUCUUUCAGAAUUGGCUGAUAUAAUACCUAAGGACACUCUCCUCUGGAAGCUCAAACUUCUCAGAUCGGCUGCCAGUUAUGCUAAUUCCCGUCUUCAUGCUGUUACAGCAGAAGUACUAGUGCUUUCAAGUUGAAAAGUGUACUACCAGUAUGAAUACCCGUCUUUUUGUGCAUUUCAGACUCUACUUUUGGUUGAAAGAAGGAAAAUUCAAGGGGUAAGAGAAAUCAUGAAGAAUAUAUUUUGUCUAAGAAUUUUCCUUUGCACGGUGCUUGGUUCUAUUAAGUGACAGGCAACAGGUAGUGGAGUCUGCAAAGCAUUCCUUCUUUCUCAAUUCUUGACCAUUUAGAUGUUCUCAUUCAUUUUUGUCAAAUAAAUGUAAAGGAGGAAAAUGAGAACAAGCCUUCUAUUAAUUUUAUCAUUUACCAGUUUUGUGUGGGGACAUUGGGCUAUUCUGACUGUGCUCUGACAAUAUAAGGCAAUGCUGAGCAUUCCAGAUUUGAAUUGUUAUGUAAUCCCUCUGUUCCUGAUGAUUAUAUCUUAAGUGAU